UCUAGUCAAGAGAGAUGAGAGAGAGAAAGAAACGAAUUAUAAUUAUGAUCAUUAUUCGCAUGCAGAUAUUCAUCACUUAAAUUGAUCACGAUUCAUUUUAUUCCAUUUCCAGAAUUACAUAUAUAUUUUUCUACAUACCCAAACUCAAGAGAUGACGAACGCAGGAACUACAAGGAUCAUAAUCGGCAUUAUUGGAAAUGUGAUAUCAUUUUUCCUAUUCCUCUCGCCGAUGCCGACGAUCAUUAAGAUAAUUAGGGCAAAAGCGGUGGAGAAAUAUAAGGCAGAUCCAUAUUUAGCAACAAUGUUAAACUGUGCAAUGUGGGUGUUCUAUGGAUUGCCCUUUGUUCAUCCGGAUAGUACACUUGUCAUCACCAUCAAUGGAAUUGGAUUUGUCAUUGAGACAUGUUAUGUUAUCGUCUUCUUCAUCUAUUCCGACUGGAGAAAACGGAGAAAGAUAUUAUUACUUCUUUUAGUUGAGGCAAUUUUUGUGGCCAUCAUAGUCAUCAUCGCAAUGAAAGUGUUCUCAACCACAAAAGACCGGUCAAUGUUGGUUGGAAUUGUAUGUGUCGCCUUUAACAUUGUCAUGUAUGCUGCCCCCUUAACCGUCAUAAAACGAGUGAUUCAAACUAAGAGUGUGAAAUACAUGCCAUUCUUGCUCUCCGUCGCCAAUUUCGCGAAUGGGGUCAUAUGGUUGGUGUAUGCAAUUCUAAAAUUCGAUAUUUACAUAUUAAUUCCCAAUGGAUUAGGAGCAUUGUCCGGGGUCAUUCAACUAAUUCUUCAUGCGAUGUACUAUAGAACAACGGAUUGGAACCAAGAAAGUGAAAGACGGCAGGAGAUUGAAGUUUCUUCAAGGGAAGUGCCCUAAACCAUCUAUCGAUAGUUGGCAAUUUUCGGGUUCAACCGUAAACCAAACCCAACUCAAUUUCAUAUUGCAAUUUGGAUAAUACAUAUUUUUUUAGGUAAAUGUAUUUUUUCUAUUGCAAAUGUCAUGCUAAUUAAGGUAAAAUUAGUUUUCACUCUUUUUUCACCUCUUAAUCUGUAGUGGAUAUAUUGGUUGUCCAUAUAAUUUAUUUCAUCGAUCUCUCUCCAAAUAUAUUCAAUUG